AUGCUUGUCGCCGACAAUGAUUUCGGAAGUUUUCCUAAUCUCAUCAAAAUCACAAAUGCAUGGAAACCAGAUUGGCUAAAGGACGGUGUUCAAGUACCCACCCGUGACCCCUCAACUUUGCACCCAGUUUUUGUAACUCCAAACAAACUUAUUCGUUGCACACGUGAUGAGUUCUAUGACGCUAACAUUCAUCAUGUGUCGAAGAAAGCAGUCAUUAGUUCUGCUUUUUAUCAGCUAGAUGAGUUAGAUCAUGCGUGGCUUCAAACAGUUAACGAAGAACGGGAAUGUCUUGGGGAAGAAAAAAUUCAGGACUGGAUGAUCGAAAAUAUAUUCGAAAUCGCAGAGGAAAUUGCCUAUAUAAAGUCCAAAGACGAAACCCUGAGUAAUGAGAAAAAAUCCAUAGAAUUUGAUGAGAACACGCGUUGCGAUGUUUGCCUUUCCGUAAGUUUUGUGACUUUCUGA